CCUCGAUUCAUACAUUUCCUUUCUUUGCCCUUCUAUUGGGUGGGCGCCGGGUGUUUGCCUAAACAUGGGCGCACAUCUCGUCCCAUGACUGGUUACAAAGCUAUUGAUAUUGCAUUUCCUACCUGCUACUGCGCUUGUCUGCCUGAUACCACUAAUGCAUCUACAUAUGCAGUUCUGCCCCUGGGCUGUGUUCAUUCUUUGCCUUACCAGUGACCCAGGACAAAGCCACAAACCCUUCUUCAGCUUUGUUUCAUAGUGGCUUUGAACCAAAGCCGUUCCGACGUAACUUACAGUCCCUGUGGAUGCGAUUGACUUAUAAGAAGCCGCGAUUCCCUCGUAGUUUAUUUCAUCCCAUCUUCUCUUCACUCAAACCAUCCAUCUGAAACUAUCCCACGGUCUUCCAACGCAGCAGUAACAUUCAAUUUGGCUUUCGUUAUAUACUCUAAGGACCUCACCACCUCAGCACGCAAUCUCACCGCCAUGCCUUACACAACAGUGUGGUACUGCUGCAACUGCAGCUACGGACCAUGCAACCUAGAACUUGACAUCGCUUGCCCUAUGUGCGGCACCAGACGCUGCGAUGGCUGCAAGAUCGAAGUUAUGAAUAGCGUCUACUCAACCUUUCCUCCUGCUCAGGGACCAAUACGCCCUUCGAUGGAGCUUUCUCAAACCUGCAACACAUUCUUACCUACUUGCAACUCAAUACACCACUCUGAGGGACUCAGCAUCCCCACGUUCUCGGCGGUAGGCCGAUUGCCAUUCAUAGCAGAAUCGGGCACUGCUUCUGCCUACAACAUUUUUGGUCACAGUGGUCUUUUAAGACAAUUGCCCAACAAUUACUACUAUUGUUGCCAAUGCAAUGACGGUCCUAAAAUGUACGACAACCAGCCUCAGUGUGUGAAUUGCUGCCACACAAUCUGCUUCAACUGCAGAGCAGCUUGAGAACCUCAUGCACGAAAUUUUUAUAAAAAGACUUACAUCGGCGUUUUUGGGUGCAUAAAUUGACUGCAUUUGGCGAGGGACUGUUCGAUAGAUAGGGCAUGCUUUUUUUCUGACACAUUUCAUUU